AGGGCGGGCGACUGGGAGAGCGGCAGCGACGGGGCUGGUGCUGGAGGGAGAACAGGAGAGCGCGUGCGCGGGGCGGUGGGGGAGGGGAGCCCCGAGGAGCCGGCUGCUAGGAGAUAGCGCGCGGCCGGCGGCGGGGACGAGCCAGAGCGAGACAUGGCGUCGGCAGGAGGAGGAGGAGGAGGCAGUGGCGGCGGCGACGGCGGCGGCAAGAUCCGAAACAGGAGGCACCACAUCGUGAGCAAACCGUACGCCAAGAAACAGGGACUCGUCAGCAAAGUUACAGACACUGUGAAGAAUAUAGUACCUGGCUGGCUGCAGAAGUACUUUGGACAUGCAAAUAAACCCGGAGAAACAAGGAAUGAUGAACCAGCGGAAUUGAUAGAUGAUCGUGAUAACCAAAUUCCUGUAAAUGAGACCCCGCAAUACAGUGAUGGACGGAAUAGCCCAAUUCCAACAACAAGUGAUUUAAGAGGAGUGCCAGCAAACAAAUCUGCUUUAAAUUUCUCUGAAAUGCUGCUUAUUCGGCCUGCGCUCAGUCGCAGUCAUUUCAAUUGUGCUGCAUUGGACACUUCAGCACAUGAUUCUCAGCCAUCCACAUCCUCCUCGUUUCCUAUCGGGAGUUCGGGGUUUUCCCUAGUGAAGGAAGUCAAAGAUUCUGCCUCUUUACAUGAAGAUGAUAAUAUCUCCACGACAAGUGGCUUCUCUUCUAGAGCCUCAGAUAAGGAUGUGACCACUUCAAGAAAUCCUUCUUUGCCACCCCUGUGGUCCCCAGAGGCAGAUCGUUUUCAUUUAGUUUCCCAACAACCCACCGCAAGCUUGAAAAAGCCUUCUUUUAAUCUCUCUGCCUUUGGAGGUUCAUCUCCAUCUUUUGGUAGCACAUCUUUACUAAAUUCAAGCCAGCUUGGGGAUUCUCCUUUCUACCCUGGCAAGACUACAUAUGGAGGGGCAGCAGCAGCAACAAAAAAUUCUCGAGUGCGUGCUACACCAUACCAGGCUCCAAUCAGAAGACAAAUGAAAGCGAAACCAGCCAGUUCACCAUCGUAUGGAGUGACAAGUGCCACAGCGAGGCGUAUACUUCAGUCAUUAGAGAAAAUGUCAAGUCCUUUAGCGGAUGCUAAAAGGAUUCCAACUAACAUGGUAUCUCCAGUUUCAAAGCCCUUUGAGAAAACUGCUGCAGAUGUUAUAGAUUGGCAAUCCAAAUUCCGAAAGCUGGAUGCGCAGCCUCCUCCAGUCCAGAAACUCCAGACACCUAAGUUUUCUUCCGGAGCAACAAAUAGAUCAAUGUUUUUCAAGCCAUCAUUGACUCCUGGAGGCCACACUAAUAGACCUGUUGAAAGGACAGAAGCACGGAGCAAUAGAUUGCAAGAGAAAACUGUUCCAGAAGUAGCCCUACGACCAUUAAAAAGUAAUAACAGCUGUUUGUAUAAUGCAAAUAGUUCCCCUGCAACAAAUGGGCUGACAUCUGGGGGAGCUGGAGGAAAGAUGAGGAGAGAGAAAGACCAUUACUCCGCCAGAGGUUACAGGACACAAGAGGUGGAGGUCCCAGAGCUGCCAGAGGUGUCCUUACCCAUUAAAACAGCUGCACUGCCUGUUUUCAACUUUGGCUCCCCUUCUACAGCAGCUUCCCCAAUAACACCGAUUCUGACAAAAUCUCUUUCUGACAAGGCAGUGAUGUCCAGUCCUAGCAAUGUUGCCUUUACUUUCUCAACACCGAAUAUAAAAGCAACUGAUUCAAAAUUGCAGCCUGUUUCACUGUCUGAUGGAUUUACCUUCCGUGAACCAAUUGACAAAUCAACACAGUUGAUGUUUGGUGUUUCUGCACCAAGUUCAGUUAAUCCAGUAAAUUGCACCUUGUCUGUUGCUGCGUCGCCUUUUGUUCCUGCACCUGUAAAUAAAAGAAAAGAUGAGACGUGUGAUGGUCCAUUCAAACCUGCCAAAACUUUGAAGCAAGGCAGCGUGCUAGACAUCUUGAAAGGGCCUGGGUUCACUUCGUCUCCUUCAUCAAAGCAAUUUGAAACUGCGUCCACAGACAGUGUAGCAGCCUCUGUGAAACCUUUGCAAUUGGUCACUGAGAAAACUGUGUUUUCUAGUGAGAGCUCCACAGGCACCUUUGGGUUUGGAGAGAAGUUCAAACCACCUGAAGGUGCUUGGCAGUGUGAUACCUGCCUUUUACAAAACAAAGGCACCCAUAGCAAGUGCAUUGCUUGCCAGACUGCUAAAGCUACUUCGAAAACUGCUCCACCUCCUAAACGUACCGAUCUGGGAUUUGGCAACAGUAAAACUAUACCUCCAGUGGGCUCUGGGGGUAAAUUCAAACCUGCAGCAGGCAUGUGGGACUGUGAUACUUGUUUGGUACAAAACAAAGCAGAUGGUGUGAAAUGUGUGGCCUGUGAAACACCAAAACCUGGAACUGGGGUUAAACCUGUGCUGACCUUGCCUGCAACCACCGAAAGUACAAAAAACACAUCAGCAAAUCCCUCCAGUACUGGUACAGGAUUGAGUUUGGCAGAUGAGUUUAAGAAGCCUGAAGGAGCAUGGAGCUGUGAUGUGUGCCUCCUACAAAACAAGACUGAAGACAGCAAAUGUGUGGCUUGUCAGUCUCCUAAACCAGGUGUUGCAUCUGGUGCAUCCACUGUUCCUGUUUCUGCGCCAGCGGAAACAUUUGCUGGAUUUGGUGACAAGUUCAAAAAGCCAGAAGGGAGUUGGAGCUGUGAAGCCUGCUUAGUCCAGAACACAUCAAAUGUAUCCAAAUGCAUAGCUUGUCAAAGUGCGAAACCUGGCAGCAAAACUGAAUUUAAAGGGUCUGCCUUUUCUGCACUGUCAUCAGUUUCUUCUUCGCCCUUCAAAUUUGGCAUACAGUCCUCGGCAACAGACCCUUCACAAACCAACAAGAUCACUGGAGGAUUGAAGUUUGGAGAUAAGGGCGGUUUUAAAUUGGGAAAUCAGAGUGGUUUUAAAUUUGGUGCGUCAGAUGCUAGUUCAUCUUCAGAUGUCUCUGGAGGAAUUAAGUUUGAGGCUGCAGGGGGUAUCAAAUUUGGGAAUGUUUCAAAAGAACAACCUCUGGAGGAAAGCAAAAAGGAUAAUACUCAAACCUCUAGCAGUGGGUUUAAGUUUGGCUUUUCUGUCACUACUGGCAACCAAGCUUCAACAGUCACUAAAUUUGGUGCAGCAGAAGCCAAUCAACAAGAUAAGAAAGAUGAAACCAAUGAAGUUGUGUUUGGGGGCUUUAAGUUUGGUUCCAGUGGAACAUCAGCAAAAUCGGAGGACAAAGGAGUUAAAGGUGGCUAUACAUUUGGCUCAGAGGACAAAAAGGAAUCUCAGUUUGUGCUUGGCAAGCAAGAGGAGAAAAAAGAAGCAACGGCAGUGAGUGAGUUUGGCUUUGGAAACCCGAUGAAUAAGGACUCUGUAGCGGCUUCACCUUUUCUAUUUAGAAAAGCAGCUGAAAAGAAAGACUCUCUGACCUCUGCACCAUUUAUGUUUGGUAAAAGAAAACAGGUUGAAGAAGCAGGAUCUCAGUCUGAUGUUUCUUUUAAAACCCCGGAGAAAACCAAAGAAGUUAAAUUGGCGCCUAUGUUUGAUUCUUCUAAACAAGAAACUAAGUCUGGAUUCACUUUCAACUUAGCUGAGAAAAGCGAACCAGCAGAAUCUGUCUCACAAGGAUUUUUAUUUGGGCCGGCAGUAAAUGCAUCAGAACAAGGAGCUGUGAAGCCAACCUUCAACCUGUUCGGCAACACUUCUUCCUCAUCCACUGCGACAAACCCUGGGGUUUCCAAACCUUCCAGUAUAUUUGGAAGUUCUGCAUCCGCAUCAACCACACCGUUUUUGUUUAGACAGACCAACACCACUGCUGGUAGUACCAGUGUUGGAAGUGGCUCAGAAUCAACUGUUCCUGCACCUAAGCCAUUUUUAUUUGGCUCACAGGAGGUCAAACCCACACCCACCACAUCGAGUAUAGGAGCCCCACCUGCACCCUUCUCAUUUGGCUCCACACCCAGCAACAGCAACACUACAUCAUCUGUGUUUGCAUUUCGAGCUCCAGCUACAACAUCUAAUUCAACAGGUUCCUCCUCAAGCUCUGCCUUUGGGUUGGGAUCCAAUUCUUUGGUUACAGCAAAUCCGCCAGCAUUUGGUACCAGUCAGGCCCCUGCGUUUGGACAAAGUACUAACCAGCCACCUGCUGCCUUUGGUUCAUCUACUGCGCCUACAUUUCCAUUCUUAACUGGCUGUCCACCAUCCGCCUUUAGUUCACAGUCGACCAGUAGCCAACCAUCGCUGUUUGGAGGACAGUUAUCCAACCAGCCGCCCUCAUUUGGUUCCACUUCAUCUACUACCUCAAGUAACAGCUUCCAGUUUGGGAACAGUGGUACUGGUGCCAGUUUUACCUUCAAUGCCACCAAUUCAUCGAAUGAGGUAUUUAAAUUUGGAUCAAGUUCAACAGGAGCACCACAGCAGCUGGUUCCCACUGGAAACUUUCCAUUCAACCAAGCCCCUGCAUUUUCUCCUGGGGCUGUUGGCACCAAUCCUUUCUCUGCAUCAUCUGGCGGACGUUCAACUGUCGCUGGACGGAAGAUAAAGACUGCUGUUAGACGCAAGAAAUAGUAGCUACAGUUCUUAAACGCAAAGCUAAUUAUUGAAAAUGUAUUUUCUAUAAAAAGCUGGUGCCCUACAUUAAUAGCUGAGUUGUACCUCUUUCUAGGCUUUUGUCAAAUCUGCCUAGGACCAUCUGAACUUGCAUUUAAUGGUUGCUGCUUUUAGUUGCCUGGUGAUGGGUGAACCGUAGAUUUUUUUUUGGUGAGAACCCAGCAGUGUCAUUAGUUAAGGACUUGGCAUGGUCUGGCUACAAACCACAAAGUGAAUGGCUUUGUACAUUGAUACCUCUUCAUCUGCACCACUAGAUAUUGUUCAUAACCCACCUAAUUGUACUGAAAAAUUUUGUACAGACUGAAGAGCAUUGGUGAGAAUAGGGACUGAAGAUUCUGCAAAGGUUUUCAUCAUCGUGUGUGUGAAGUAUGUGAAUGUGUAGAUGUUGAAUGGAUGGCCUGUUGUGCACUGAUGUUUUCUGACUGCGGACUGAUUGAAGAAUCAUACUCUGAGGACUUUUAAUGAAUUGUCUUCAUUUCAUAGAACAUGUGCUUUUUUAAAUUCUGUUAUGCUUUUUUUUUUGAAUUGCUUAUUUCAUCUUAUUACAAACUAUUAUGUAAAUAUACUAUGAUUUUCACUCAAUCUACCAUUCUUGGACAAAAAUACAAAAAUCUGUGAACUUGAAUUUUUUGUUAUAGCAGUAUGUUUUUUGUUCAGUAUUGUCGAUUAGAAGAUUUUAUUAUGUAAAUCUCAUUAUUCAAAGUUGCCUAAAUCCAUUUAGCAUCCUUUCUGAUAAAAUUGGGGACUCUUUAAAGUUUGAGUAUUGGCUUUUGUGAUCCACUUUUGUUUGGACCAAAACAGUGUUGUACAAAGUAUUAACUAUAUAUUUUUAUAUUUGUUUAAAUGGACUGUGGUGACUUUGGAUAAUAAGGAGAACAAUUUAAUAUUAAAGCCAUGUUUAUUACUGUAUGAUUAACAAAACCAUGGGAUAAACGCCAUCAAUAAAAAUUACGAAAUAGUAAAAAGACA